GAAAUAGCUUCAAAAUGGCCGACGCUGGACCCGUUGAUUACGAAUGGAAACGGGGUCCGAAGUCUCAUUUGAAAACGAAAAUAACACACACCAAUGUCGUACCAGAUAGCGUAGUUUCAAGGCACGUUGCGAGGGAAUAUCUAGGUCCAAGUCAAGCUAUGCAGAAGAAUACCCAGAAGAAUGCCUCAGUUGGCCGACAUCUACCUAGCCCACCUCAAACUCCAACGAGGACUUCCUCUCAGUCUAAGAAUGUCUUCCAGGGACGAACAGGAGAUCACAGACAUUCUCACGCUGCUUCACCUUCUACAACCACAAGACCAGGAUCUGCACUUUCAGCCUAUUCACCCUUGCCAGGCAUCGGACAAUCAGGGAAAGAGACUGAAUUAACCUCUGGUAUUCUGAAUCUAGGAUUGAAUGAAAGAGAACGAGUGACACAUAGUCCCAGUUCUGAUUCAGGAAUGCCACACCCAACUAGAUUUCACGAAAAUGAAGGAGUUACUUCUGAUGAGACAAUGACUUCACAGACACGGACAAAGCGUUCACUAUCCAUGUCAUCCGAGCCAUCAAAUACAAGAAAGAUAUCACGAAGAGAGAUGCGAAGCCAACAGUUUGCUAGAAGAAGACACUCUCAGAAAUCCCUUACCAUCAACGAUGAACCCCAAGAAGGAGAAGACAGAGUCUUGAUUGCUGUUAAGUUGCCAGAGGGGGAAAGACUUCAAAGAUACUUUCGUCCUAGUGAUUCCAUCGCUGAUAUUGUCUCAUUUGCUGAACACACAUCCCAGCGUGUCUUUUCGGACUGUAAUGUCUUCACAAGUGAUGUCCCUAAAAAAAUGAUUGAUGAUUUAACUGUGACAAUAAAUAAAGCGGGUUUAGGUCAUAGGACGUUGUUGUUAUUGGAAGAAAAAGAUGAGUAAAAAAAAAUUAUUUUAUAUGAAGCUUCCGUCCAUAAUCGUCCAAUCAAAUCUAAGCAAAUAAGAACAACUAAAAGACUGCAAGUCCUGUAAUGGAACGGUGCAGAGACUUCAUUUAUUAAAAGCCAAAAUGUGUCCAUCAAAUUGCCGCGCAUUGAGGUCACAGUGUUUGAGCACCUUGAAUAAAGCAAGAAUACCUAUUAAAGUAAGCUGUGAUGUCAGAAAUGUGAUUUUACAUUUAAUAAGUAAAUGAGAACUUUCAAUCCGAACCAAGCAUUGAUUUUGAAAUUAACAACUUGCUGUUCAAGGUUUCUGAAGUUCUUAACAAAAUAACUCCCUCAUCUUCAGUAUGCAAAAUCAAAGUUUUGGACACUAAAACAUAAUUAUUUUCCUUUCAAAUGUCCAUUAGUCUGGGAU